ACUAGGAAAUCAAAACUAGAAUCAGCUGACUAUUGUGACUGUUGUCAUCGCGUAAGCUAACCCUAAACAAGCUUUGUUUAUACUGCCGUUGUAACUAGUGAAAUCACCGAUCUCUAUAGUGAAAUAGAAAAUUCUUCGUAAGUUUCAACCAGAAUGACACGACAUGCACGAAAUUGUACUGCUGGUGCAGUCUACACGUACCAUGAAAAAAAGAAAGAUGCAACAGCUUCUGGGUACGGAACCAACAGUCAACGCGUUGGAAAAGAUUCUUUGAAGGAUUUUGACUGUUGUUGUUUAACAUUACAGCCGUGCAGAUAUCCUGUGGUAACGAAAGAUGGCCACCUAUUUGACAAGGAGGCAAUAUUGGAGUAUGUUUUAACGAAAAAAAAGCAGUUUGCCAGAAAACUGAAGGAGUAUGAGAAGCAAAAACAGAAAGAUGCGGACCAAUCGAAGGAGCAGUCAGCCAACGAGGAAUUACAGAAACUCCAAAACUUUUUGAAGGCUGAGAAGAACAUCGUAUCUCUGAACAAGCACUCAGUUGAAGAGCCAGGAUCGUCAAUAUCGAACAUGAGCAAUGGGAGGGACAAAACAUUACCUAGUUUUUGGAUCCCAGCUAAAACACCACAAGCAAAAGAAUUGGUUUUACAAAAACCUGAUAAAAAUAUUUACUGCCCGGUGAGCGGAAAGAUUUUAAAAUUAAAGGAUCUCAUUCCGGUAAAAUUCACAGAGGUCAACGACCCAGACGAUAAGAAAUCACUGAUACUAAAGCAGGCGCGGUAUAUGUGUCCCGUGACCCACGAUGUCUUGAGUAACAGCGUACCUUGUGCAGUUAUCAAAACGACAGGUCACGUUAUAACGAUGGAAUGUGUCGAAAAGAUAAUCAAAAAAGAUUGGAUCCACCCUCUGGACGGCAGCACACUGACGGAAAGUGAUAUUAUUCCGCUUCAAAGGGGUGGCACAGGGUAUGCAGCUGCAAACGACGAACUAGAAGGAAAACAUCAACGGCCUGUGCUGCAGGCUUGAUAUUUUUUAUUCAUACUAAUCUAAUUUUUGUCUUCGAUGCUCCAUCUCCAUGAUCAAUAAACAGUUGAAAAAAUUUA